AUGCAAUUUCUCGCCCUCCUCGCCAUCGCCGCCACGGCCACCGCAUCGGCCCUCCGCGCCUCCUCCUCGAACAUCAAGCUCGCGACCUCGGAGGUCUUCCGCGCCCAGGGCGAAGGCUCCUCCUGCGGUGUAGGCUCCUACUCCUGCUGCAGCUCUGCCCAGGAGACCAGUGAAGACAACUUUUUGUCUUUCUUUUUCAAAAAGCGUUUCCUCAGUGAGCUCAACGGUAAUGAGGACUGUCUGGUUGACCACACCGAGAGCGGCCCCGUCUGCAAGAGCAUCAUUGCGUGCUGUUCUGAUGAGUGGAAACUGUAUUGCGUUGCAAUCAAUGACUCGGCCAACGACUCGGGCCCGGGUGGUAAGGGUUCUGGCGGCUCCGAGGAAUACUAG